GGUAAAACACCUGAAACUUUUUAAAGUCGUCUGUUUACUUGUUCACGUCACCCAGUGUGCUGAUGUUGACUUCGAAAAAUGGCUGCCACUUUCACAAGAACUUCUUUCAACCCAAAUAAGAAACCUAGUGAUCCUGAAAGAUGGAUUUGCAUCUACCCUGCAUACAUCGACAGCAAUAAGACUAGAGUAGCUGGUCGCCGAGUUCCUAAAUCCCGUGCUGUUGAGCGACCUACUUGUACUGAAAUAAGUGAUGUCUUACAAGCCGCUAAUUUCAAGGUAGGAAUUGAACCAAAGUUCUACUCAAGGGAGUCAAGCAAGGAAGAGGAAAUGCGUGGAAGAGUUAGGGUCCAGCUGAAAAAUGAGGAUGGAUCACCUGUCAAUCCAACAUUUCCCACUAGAGAUUCAUUGUUUUUAUACAUUGGAGAGAAAAUUCCCCAUUUAAAAAGCAGAGUCUUCAAGUCAAGUGGAGAAGGACAAGCAGCCAACCAGGGUGGUGGUGGUAAGAAGAAAGGCAAAGGAGGAAGACGUUAAUUGGACAAUUAUGUACAAGAAAAGAUGAAAAUAAAUGAAAUUACAUUAUAAA